ACGUGAUUGCCGUGUUUUCGCAGGGCGCUCGGCGGCGCGGCUGCACCUACAAAUACGGGGCGGGCGGGCGGCGGCGGCCCGGGGCGCCCCCCGUAGCACCCCCAUGCACCCCGGCCGCCCGGCGGAACCCAUGCCCCGCCGCCCGCCCGCCUAAAGGGGAGGCAGCGAGAGGCAGCGCCCGGCCAGCGAGGAGGGCAGAAGGCGGGGGGGGGGGAGCCGGCCGACAAUGGCGGCGGCCGCCACCGCCGCCAGCCCCGGCAGUCCCGCCGCCGCUCCCCUGCCGCAGCCGGAGCCUUGCCCCAGGAAGGGGCCGCCGCAGCCGCCGCCGGCGCGCAGCGAUCCCCGCCGCAGGCAGGCCGCGCUCUCCUUCCUCACCAGCAUCUCCCUCGACGGGCGGCCCCUGCCGCCGGGCAGCGACGGCCCUGCCGCCAGGCCCCGCCAGGCCCCGCCGCCUCCGCGGCUGGGCAGCCCCCCGGCGGCGCCCGCCGAGUCCCCCCGGGCUCAGGAGGAGGAGGAAGAGGAGGAGGAGGAAGACGCUUUCGCCGCGGUGCAGGUGCCGACCGCCGCCUUCCUGGGCUCCGCGGCGGCGGGCAGCCGCGGGCGCCUCAACUCCUUCACGGCCGGGGUGCUGCCGGCGGCUUUCGGCCGCACCAGCCCCCAGGGCUCCGUCGUGGUCGGCGGAGAGCUCGGGCAGGCCGGCUCCGCCUUCGAGCUGCAGCGGUCGCGGCGCAGGCUGAUCUCGCAGCGCUCUUCCCUGGAGACCCUGGAGGACAUCGAGGAGAAUGCCCCUCUGAGGAGGUGUCGGACACUCUCAGGAUCCCCCAGACCAAAGAACUUCAAGAAGGUUCACUUCAUCAAGAACAUGAGGCAGCACGACACCCGCAGCGGCAGAAUAGUCCUUAUCAGCAGCAGAAGAUCCUUCUGUAGCAUAUUUUCAGUGCUGCCAUAUCGAGACUGUACCCAAGUCGGGGAUGUGAAGCUGGAAGGUGGACGCCAGUGCCAUUCUGCUGGAGUGUGCCUGAAAGAGAUCAUUGGUCUGGAAGGUGUGGAGCUCGGAGCAGAUGGCAAGACUGUCUCUUACACCCAGUUCCUCUUCCCCACCAACGCCCUGGGGGCUCGCAGGAACACAAUCGACUCCACCUCCUCCUUCUCCCAGUUCCGCAACGCAAGCCACCGGAGCCUGCCUCUGGCGAGGGCCAACAGCACCCAGGGCAGCAUCGACGCAGGUAGCGACCUGGGAGACUUUGUUGAGUACGACCCCAACCUCUUAGACGAUCCCCAGUGGCCCUGUGGCAAGCACAAGCGGGUGCUGAUCUUCCCCUCCUACAUGACCACAGUCAUAGACUACGUGAAGCCAUCAGAUCUCAAGAAGGACAUGAACGAGACCUUUAAGGAGAAGUUCCCUCACAUCAAGCUCACCCUCAGCAAAAUCAGAAGCCUGAAGAGAGAGAUGCGCAAGCUGGCUCAAGAGGAGUGCGGUUUUGAGGAGCCCACGGUGGCCAUGGCCUUUGUCUACUUUGAGAAGCUGGCUCUCAAGGGGAAGCUGAACAAGCAGAACAGAAAGCUUUGUGCUGGAGCCUGUGUUCUUUUAGCAGCCAAGAUUGGCAGUGACCUCAGAAAGCACGAAGUGAAGCAUCUUAUAGACAAACUGGAGGAGAAGUUCCGUCUGAACCGCCGGGAGCUGAUCGCCUUCGAGUUCCCGGUGCUGGUGGCGCUGGAGUUCGCCCUGCACCUGCCCGAGCACGAAGUGAUGCCGCACUACAGACGCCUGGUGCAGAGCUCCUAGCGCUGGCUGCCCCGCGGGAAGGGCUCCUGACUGCUCCCUCCCGGCUCUCUGCGGCCAUCCUUACUACUGGAAAUGCAAAAUCAGCCUCCCGACGCUUCCCCUUCCCUCCCCACCGCGGUCUGGGCAGCAGCAGCGGCGGCGGCAGCGGGCAGGGAGCGCUGCCUCGGCUCGCCCGGGACAGCUCCCGGCUGGGGCUGGGGGCUGCUGGAGCUGGGGGCUGCAGCUGGAGAGGCAGACAAGGAUCCGAGAGGCAUCCUCCGGGAGCAAGCCCCUCUCUUCAGCCCCCCCCCCAGACCCUGGAAGCCUCCCUGAGUGCGUUCUCACAGUGCUUUUCUCUCCAGACCUGCUGCAGCUUCCAAGAGGACUUCUCACCGUGGAGAAAAAAAGGAGAGAGAGAGAGAGAGGAAAAAAAGCUUUUAAAGAGGACAUCUUCACUGUGUCCAACAGAAUGUGCCAAUCUAUUUUUGUAUCAGCAACUGAAAGUGCACUUUUUGCUGUGGGGUGGUGUGUGUCUGUCUGUCUGUCUGUCUGUCUGUGUGCGACACCAAACUGAUCUCAGCCCAGCUUGGGUGGUUUAGCUCUUUGCAAGUGGUGAAGGUCAUAGAAUGGUUUAGGUUGGAAGGGACCUCAAAGAGGAAGGUGACCCUGGUGUGUUUGGGAAGCAGACCUGCUGGAGAAGUGGGGAAUGGGAUCCUCUGGGGACGCUUGGCUCUUUGGGUGUGCUGCUCUCUGAGCUUUCCAGCAUCCAAAGGAUUACAGAUCUGCUGCUGCUGCUGUCAGGAGGAGGAUCAGCAGCUUGAGCUCCAGUUUGCAGCCGUGCUGGUGGCAGAGGGGAAAGCAUCAGGCUGAGCCUCCCGUGGCCUGGUGUGGACAAGCAGCCUGUGUGAAGCCACUUUUCCCACUGUGGAGAUGGUUUGACUUGCACUCUGUAGUGUUGUAUUUCCGUGCUCUAUGUUAGAGUGCCUCACAAGCACAGGUACUGUGCUCUAUUUAAAACAGUGUUUUACUACAAUAACACUUAAAGGAGCAGGGCUCGGCAGUGGGGCAGGAGCCUUCAGGCUCCCAACAGCAAGGGGCACAACAGCCUUCCCUCCGAGUUUUGGGAGGUUGAAUUGGUUGUGCAGAGCCUAAGGUGAGUGCCCUCUGAAGAUGAAGAAGAUUCAGUUGCUUUGGACGUUGGGAAUGCUGGAGGUGUACAGGAGAGGUGAUUGCAGCUUCCCUGGGGCUGACUGGAGGGUUUCAGCCAGGCUGCUGGGUGCUGCUUGCACACUGAGCUAGCAGCAUGCUGGGGGACAAGGUGUGAGAUGAGUGGUCAGGGAUUGGAAUGGGUCACCCAGGGGGGUGGUGGAGUCCCCAUCCCUGGAGGUGUUCAAGAAAGGUGUGGCCAUGGCACUUGGGGACAGGGUUUAGUGGCCAUGGUGGUGCUGGGUUGAUGGUUGGACUCGAGGUCUUUCCCAGCAGGAACACCCCUGUCCAGCCUUGUCCUCUGCUGGUUCACUGAGCAGGCCUUGCCCUCCACAUGCCCCACACAGGUCCAGCCCAGUCAGACUCUCUGCCUUGCAGGAUGUAUGUCUAAAAGCUCAACAACCCAUCUCAAGCAUGAGCUGCCAGCUGGAGCCUCACUGCGCAGCUGUGAGCUGAGCACAGGGCUGGGACAGCCAGGGGGGUGCAGACACAGUGGUGCUCCUUGGCUCUGCCUGCACUCAGCCUCACCAUUGCCUCCAGCCAGGCCAGCAAGCAUCCAGCCUCUUCAGCAGCUCUGCCUGCUCCAGCCUCUGGGAUGCCUGCUGCAGCCUCUGGGCUGCCUGCCCGUGGCUGCUCUGCCACACGCCAGGACAAGCAGGGGUUUGUUUGUUUGAUGCUGUUGCUCUCCCUCCAUUUUCAGGGGGAGGCUUCCCCUGCUGGCUUUCAGUUCCCAUUGCUACUGCCCUGCUGCUGGGGCAGGUUCAUUCCAGCAGGGCUGGAGAGAAGAGGCUCAGGAGGUCACUCUGCACCUCCCUCCCCACCGCCAUGCCCACGCCGCUGCACCCCCCCAGCGCUCAGCCAGCUGCUGACCCAGGGCAGAGGGCUCCUUCCCGGCGCUCCUGCUCCCUCCUCCUCAUCCUCCCAGCCCCACACAGCCAGGCCUGGAGUCCUGCCAGGUUUUUCAGCAGGCUGUGGCUUUGCUGGGAGGGCUCUUGCCUGGGCUUCAUCCCUCCCACCCACAUGGUGUGCCUAAGUCUGAGCUUCGCUUCCCAUUGCAGACACCUCUCAGCCACCACUCGAGCCCAAGCAGAAGCUUUUGCCUUUCCCUGCAGGCCUCUGCCCUUUGCCUUUGGGGCUGAUGUUCCCUCAGCAUUGCUUUCUAGCACUGCAGGGAAGAAGCAGGUGGUGAUGGCAAGCUGCAGGCUAAAGAAUGCCUUCACAGUAGCCUUCAGAGACACUCUCCAAGCAUCCUGUCACAUCUCUCCUCUGUGCUGCUCCCCGAGCCCCAGCCCCAGUUUUGACACAGAUCUCUGUGAGGAAACCUGUUUGCUGGAGACUUUCUGCUUUCCCUUCUCCUCCUCGUUGUUGUUUUGGGGUGGGGGGGUAGGGGAAGGGUUUCAGAGCAAUGUCCAGUUCCAGUUUGAACGUGGAAUAAACACUUCAGGUGGGGGAUGCUGUUGCACUGUUCACUUAGGAACGUCUCUAAAGCCAUAUGAUGAUAGCUCUCAGAGCACAAAGCGUGGUCACUACAACCCCAGGGAGGAUGAUGGGCAGGGGUUUGCUCCUCUCCCAACCCUGGGAACAUUCAGGCUGAGGUGGUAGAGGAAGUCUGUACCAAACCAAACCCACGUCGAUUGCUUUCCUUUGUCUUACCUGGUGAUGAAUGUUGAUUUACAGCUGAUUGUAGGUUCAGCUUCGGGUAGUUUGGGGGAGGAAUCCAUUCCAUAUCACUUGUUCUGUUUGGAGAUUCUCUACUGUACACUCUACCAUGCAGAGUUUAUUCCUUUUCUAAAAAAAAAAUAUAUAAUAAUGAUUUAAAAAAAAAAAAAGGAGAAAUAAAAGGGUUAAAAAACCCAAAGGACAA